CACAAACGCCCACACAGGUUCCACAUGAACACUAUAUAAAUGACACUUAUUCUUCUUUAAAACUCUCUUCAACCAAAGUGGUGACAAGCACAUCAUCAGCAUGCUCCUCUUGCCGUUGCUGCUCCUGCUCUCUGGUGUGGAAUCCACUCCCACCUUUACGCACCGAAACUCUCUCACAGGGGAAGCCCUCGUCUGUGACAAAUGUCCACCCGGAAUGCACAUGACUGUGUACUGCACCGGCACCACGCGCACCGUGUGCGCGCCGUGCAGAAGCCACCACUUCACCGAGUUGUGGAACUACCUGCCCAAGUGUCUCUACUGCAACAACCUAUGCAUUGAGAACCAAGAGGUGGAGACGGAGUGCACAGCAACCAGCAACCGGGUCUGUCGGUGCAAAGACGGCUUCUACAUGACCCCCGGGGACUCCUGCGUGAGACACUUAGCGUGCAGGCCCAGACACGGUGUUCAAACGAAAGGUACGUCACAAACGAACACUGUUUGUGAAACUUGUUCCCAUGGCUACUUCUCUACCUCAUCGUCUGCGCUAGAGCCGUGCGUAAAACACCAGGAAUGCGCAAGCGGACAGAUUGCGCUUCUCCCGGGCACACUCAACCAAGAUAAACUGUGUGGCUCCUGUGAGGAUCUUUCAAAUGGCAGUGAGACGCUCAGAAAAAUGUUCUCAGGAUUCUUCAGUAUGCACAGUAUACGUGUCAUUAAAUUAAAGAGAUUUGUUGCCAGGUACAUUCAUAAAUCAGAGGAUGGGACUCUUCCCAAACAGAGGGGUCUUCUCAUGGAUCAGAUCAGAGCGUGGCUGGCCCGAGCUCCAGAGGAGCAGCUGAAAACACUGCCAAAGAUGCUGAAGGCUUCUCGGCUCUGCAACUUGACAGACAAACUAGAGGCCAUGUUCAAUGAGAUUAAGCAGCAGAGCCCAAACUGUACCUUACCACUCUUAGAUGUUUAGGUUACAGAGUCCAUGGUACACAGCAUGGUGUUACCGAUGUACCUCUUUCUCUUAGUUGGCAUUCGUGUCCAUUUAAGUGUUUCAACAUAUUCUUCAUUUGCAUGUUAAUUGGGAGUUGCCUCAAAGGUUGACCUAAUAUAUCCUUCAUGUAUACUGACGUUGUUGUUGCUACUCCUUAGCAGUGACAGGUGGUGACACAUGAGAGAAACAUUGGACAGCUUUACAGACAAUGAUGACCAAUUUUCCCUGAGCUGUGUUACUUAAAUGACCAAAAUAGGCAACAGAAGACUAUGAAGGCUGCCUCGAACAAGAUGUUGAAACAUACUCAAGUGUUGUUUGUGUAUUAUACACUUAGGUCAGACUAGGUUAUAUGGAGUAAAACGUAAUUACCUGUCGAGAGUAAAUUUUAGAGAAACUCCACAAGUAAAAUAUGCUCAAUAUAUACUCAAAUGUUACAUUAUAGUUAGUACAUUAUAGGAACUUGUAUUGACAUGAAACCGAGCUAUAACUGAAAUAAAUGUUGUCAUAAAAAUGUAUGAAGUUCUGUAAAAUUGCGCGAUAUCAAACUGUAAACUUUUACAUUUCACUCUCAGCACCUAAAUAAAGUAUAACGGUAUGCUAUAA